CAUUCACGCUGCUCAGCCCCGCAUCUGUCCUGCAACUCCGCAGCAAGUGUGUGGUAGUGUUUGGCCCACCAUCCAAGUGGACCAGGAGGGAGACUGAAUUACACGACACAGAAGCGAACAUCUGACACGGUUGCCUGCAGCACCGCGGGUAGAUGCGCGCUCGGAGAUGCAAGCGUCACUCCUAAUGCUCGUUUGCGUCCUGGCUGCUGCCGUUGGCCAGGAGCCUGACCACAGCCACGGCUGUGCCCAUGGCAGCUGUUACCCAGCAACGGGGGACUUGCUGGUUGGACGAGAGAAGAACCUGAAAGCCUCUUCCACAUGUGGGAUGAGGAAGAAAGAGCCCUACUGCAUUGUCAGUCAUCUGCAGGAUGAGAAGAAGUGUUUCGACUGUGACUCUAGACGGCCAUAUGACCCAGUGUACAACACCAUUAAUCACCGGAUAGAGAACGUUAUCACCGCCUUCAAACCUCACCGCAAGAAGUCCUGGUGGCAGUCCGAAAACGGAAAGUCGGAUGUCUUUAUCCAGUUGGAUCUGGAAGCAGAGUUUCAUUUCACUCACCUAAUUAUGACCUUCAAGACUUUCCGACCGGCGGCCAUGCUGAUUGAGCGGUCAGCAGAUUUUGGUCGAACCUGGCAUGUCUACCGCUACUUUUCCCAUGACUGCUCUGCUAACUUUCCCGGAGUGUCCCAGGGUCCUUUGCGUAACAUUAAUGAUGUCAUCUGUGAGUCACGCUACUCUGACAUUGAGCCGUCAACGGAGGGAGAGGUUAUCUACAGAGUGUUGGAACCAGCCAUCAGGAUUGAGGAUCCAUACAGUCCAAGCAUCCAGAACCAGCUAAAGAUCACCAACUUGAGAGUGAACUUCACCAAGCUUCACACACUGGGAGACAACUUGCUGGACCCCAGAGAUGAAAUCAAAGAAAAGUAUUACUAUGCUAUAUAUGAGCUUGUUGUACGUGGAAACUGCUUUUGCUAUGGCCACGCCUCGGAGUGCGCCCCCAUCGAUGGCAUCAGGGACGAUAUAGAAGGAAUGGUUCAUGGCAGGUGUGUGUGUAACCAUAACACCAAGGGUUUGAACUGUGAGCAAUGUGAUGAUUUCCACAAUGACCUGCCUUGGAGACCAGCCGAGGGACGCAAUACCAACGCCUGCAAGAAGUGUAACUGUAAUGGCCACUCAACCUUGUGCCACUUUGACAUGGCGGUGUAUUUGGCCACGGGAAGUGUCAGCGGAGGAGUGUGUGAUGAAUGUCAGCACAACACCAUGGGACGCAACUGUGAGAUGUGCAAACCUUUCUACUACAAAGACCCAGUUAAGGAUAUCAGGGACCCACGGGUUUGCAUAGCUUGUGAUUGCGAUCCAGAUGGUUCUCUGAAUGGAGGGAUGUGCGAUAGCCACACCGACCCGUCUCUCAGCAUGGUGGGAGGUCAGUGCCGUUGCAAGGCCAAUGUUGAGGGGCCACGCUGCGACAAGUGUAAGACCGGCUUCUUCGGCCUGAGCGCUGACAACCCUCAGGGCUGCCAACCUUGCCAGUGUGACCAUAGGGGAACAGUGUCAGGUAGUUCCCAAUGUGACCCAGUCAGUGGUGACUGUUUCUGCAAGCGUCUUGUCACUGGACGCAGCUGUGACCAGUGUUUGCCGGAACACUGGGCUCUGAGCCACGACUUAAACGGUUGCAGAGGCUGUGAGUGUGAUAUCGGAGGAGCCCUGGACAACCACUGCUCCAUGGAGAGCGGUCAGUGUCGCUGCCGCAGUCACAUGACAGGACGCCAGUGUGUGCAGGUGGAGUCUGGAUAUUUCUUCAUGGCUCUGGAUCACUUCCUUUAUGAAGCUGAGUUGGCCAAAAUGGGGCAGGGCUGUACACUGGAGACUAGGGAGCACCUGCUGGGUCGCCCCGCCACAUGGACAGGCACUGGGUUCGCCCGGGUACCUGAGGGUGGCACCCUGGAGUUCCUCAUCAAUAAUAUCCCCUACUCCAUGGAAUUUGACCUGCUUAUCCGCUAUGAGUCACAGAUGCCCAGAGACUGGGAGGAGGUGCGAAUAAAAGUGAUCCGUCCGGGGCCGAUUCCUACCAGCAGCCUCUGUGGAAACACCAUCCCAGAUGAUGACAGCCUUACUGUCUCCCUACCGGCUGGAGCCAGGUUUAUGGUCCCUCUGCAGCCUGUGUGUCUGGAGCAAGGUGUGACUUACACGCUCCGCUUUGAGUUCAGACGCUAUCAGGAUGCCAACACUAUCCUCAACGGAGCGGCCAAUGCUUUAAUCCUUGUGGACUCUAUUGCCUUGAUGCCACGCCACUCCUCCAUGGAGAUAUUCAACGCAGGGGAUCCAGCUUCUAACAUCAGGAAGCAGACGUUUGAGCGGUAUCGCUGUCACGAGGGGGCGAAGAGUGUGACCCGCCCACUGAUGAGUGACACCUGUGCCAAGCUGAUCACCAGCAUGUCGGCCAUCAUAAAUGAUGGGGCUCUCCCUUGUAAUUGCGAUCCUCAGGGGUCCAUCAGCUCCAUGUGUGAUGUCCGCGGGGGCCAGUGUCGCUGUAGGCCAAAUGUGAUUGGACGACGCUGUGAGCAGUGCGCUCCGGGAACUUAUGGCUUUGGGCCCUCGGGCUGCAUAGCCUGCAGUUGCAGCUUGGAAGGCUCCGUGACUCGAUUUUGUGACAAGUAUACUGGUCAGUGCAAGUGCCGUCCAGGAGCGUUUGGUCAGCACUGCGACGGAUGCCAGACGGGUCAUUGGGGCUUCCCCAGCUGCCGACCCUGCCAAUGCAACGGACACGCCGAAGAGUGCGACCAGAGGAGUGGUGCCUGUAUCAACUGCAGGGACAACACUGGAGGAGACAAGUGUGACAGGUGUGCCAAUGGUUACUAUGGUAACCCAGUUUUGGGCAAAGCGUCAGGUGGUCAUUGUCGGCCGUGCCCCUGUCCAGAUGGGCCCAAUAGUGGACGCCACUUUGCUGCAUCUUGUUACCAGGACAACCGUAACAGACAAAUUAUCUGCAACUGUAACCAGGGUUACACAGGGAUUGUUAAACGCUCCGGGGCGACCAUUUUUAAGCGUGCCCGAUGUGAGGAAUGUGCCCCAGGUUAUUAUGGCAACCCCUCUCAGCCCGGAGGGCGCUGCCAGCCAUGCCAGUGCAACAACAACAUCGACAUGUCAGACAUGGACGCUUGCAACAGGCAGACCGGAGAAUGCAAGAAAUGCCUUUACAACACUGAGGGCAGCAACUGUGGCAUCUGCAAGAGUGGCUAUUUUGGGGACGCUUCACGACGCAACUGCAGAAAGUGCACAUGUAACUUCCUGGGUACUGACCGCAGCCAGUGUAUGGAGCGUGAGGACUGUGUGUGCCAGCGAGCCACAGGGCAGUGCCAGUGUCUACCAAACGUCAUAGGCCUGACAUGUGACCACUGCGCCCCCAACCACUGGAACCUGGCCAGCGGGAUUGGCUGUGAACCCUGCGGCUGUGAUCCCAACAACUCAGUCACGUCCUCAUGUAAUGAGUUCACUGGGCAGUGUCAGUGUCGUGACGGCUUUGGAGGGAAGACCUGCACAGACUGUCAGGAGAACUACUGGGGUGACCCCAGGACGCAGUGCCGAGCUUGUGACUGUGACUGGCGUGGCAUUGAGACCUCUCAGUGCAACCGGGUGACUGGCCACUGUGUUUGCCAGCAGGGGGUGUCAGGUGUCCGCUGUGACCAAUGUGCCAGAGGCUUCUCUGGUCAGUUUCCCAGCUGUCAGCCCUGUCACCAGUGCUUCGGGGACUGGGAUCGCAUCGUACAGGACCUAGCAGUGCGUACCAAGGCCCUGGCAGAGCGUGCCCAUGAGAUUCAGACCACUGGGCUUACUGGGGCCUAUGAGAAGGCCUUUAGAGACCUGGAGGAGAAACUGGCACAGGCUCAAGGCAUUGUCAACGCGCGCAACACCACUGCUGCAGCCGUCGCUACCCUAAUGGAGCUUAUUGAAGAUCUUAGAGCGCAGAUCGGUGAGACCACUGACACCCUGAACCGUCUGGAAGGAGACCUAACCAUCGUCCAGGACAGCAACUCUGAGGCAAGCAAGGAGCUGAGUGCUCUGGAGAGAGAAGCUAAAGAACUUAACCUCACUUCAGAGCAGCUACACCACCAACUGGAUAUCCUAAAAAACUCCAACUUCCUAGGUGCGUACGACAGCAUCCGUAGCUCCUACAACAAAUCCCGUGAUGCGGAGCGGCGUGCCAAUGAAUCAACAACCACCAGGCCCAGCACAGUCAGCCAAUCUGCAGACACUCGCCGCCGCACCGAGCGCCUCAUCACCGCCAAGAAGGACGACUUCAACCGUAAAAAUGCUGCUAACAAGCGUGCGCUUGCAGACCUCAACACCAGAGCGCAGGGCUUGGACAUGAAGAAGAUCAAUGAGAAGGUUUGCGGCGCUCCAGGUGAUGCUCCCUGUGCAGAAAGUCCUUGUGGGGGUGCAGGUUGCCGUGACGAUGAAGGGAACCGUCACUGUGGAGGUCUAAACUGUAACGGCGCUGUAGCAGUAGCUGACAAUGCCCUGGAGAGAGCCAAACACGCAGAAAAGGAGUUGAAGAAAGCUAUGGGAGAGGUGGAGGGACUCUUUACCAAGGUGGCAGAGGCCAAGACCAAAGCAGAGGAGGCCAAGGGCAAAGCCCAAGCAGCUCUGGACAAAGCCACUGCCACCAAGAACAAAGUGGAGCGCUCCAACAAUGACCUAAGAGACCUCAUCAAACAGAUCAGAGACUUCCUUACUCAGGAGGGUGCAGACCCAGACAGCAUUGAGGCGGUGGCGAACCGUGUGUUGGAGCUCUCCAUACCCGCUUCGCCCCACCAGAUCAGACAUCUUGCUGAUGAAAUCAAGGAACGGGUUCGCAGCCUUUCGAAUGUCGACUCCAUCCUAGAACAGACGCAGGAAGAUGUCCGCAAGGCAGAGCAACUGCUGCUUGAUGCCAAGAGGGCAAGGCAUCAAGCUGAGGGGGUGAAGACCACCGCAGAGACAGUGAAACAGGCCCUGGUGGAUGCAAAGACUGCCCAGACAUCAGCAGAAAAGGCCAUAGCAAGAGCCAAAGCUGACAUUGGGGAAACUGAGGCCCGACUGGCACAGAUUGAGUCAGAGACAUCCAACAGUGAGAAGGACCUGAAUGAUGCCAUGUCCCGCCUGGGCACACUGGGACAGGAGAUCAGUGCCCUGAAGACCAAACGUGCCAACAACAGCAUGGCAGCAGCCCGAGCCGAAGAGACAGCCACCAUGGCACGAGACAAGGCAAACGAAGCCAAGCAGAUUCUAGACGGCCAGCUGACAGAUAAAUACCAUGAAGUGCAGCAGCGGGUUGACACAAAGGCCAAGGCUGUGAAGGAUGCCAAGAAAAGGGCAGAGAGCCUCAGAGAUGAAGCAAAGGAACUACUGAAAGAUGCCCAGAACAAGCUCCAGAGACUAGCAGAGCUGGAGAAAAACUAUGAGGAGAACCAGAGGAGGUUGGAGGGGAAAGCUCGUCAGCUGGAUGGCUUGGAGGACAAAAUGAAAGCCAUCCUCAAUGAUAUCAACAAACAGAUCCAGAUCUACAACACAUGCCAGUAGCUCACUACUCCAUGUCAUAAGAAAACAGGUCAAUGUGUUGUUCUACCAUUUCCUCCAGAUACAGUAACUGUACAAGAUACUUUGAAGAAUACAGUGAAAGAAGACGGCUGGGUUGGUUAUUUUUUCACUUAGGUGAAUUUGCAUAUUUGUGGGUAAACUCUCUUUUAUGCAAGUAUUUAAAUCAGUUACUAUCAUAUUUAGAUAUUUUAAACACACUCAUGACUGAACGUGUAAAGGUUGUCUGAUGUCACAUAUUGUAUUUUAAUUCUAAUUUGUGCACAUUAUUUUUGUUUUUGCUUUUAAAAUAAUCUGGAAAUGUAUCUGUCUAAAUCAGAUUUGAAUAUGAAAAAUUAUUUUAGAAAAGUAAAAAAUACACAUAUUCGGGUGAAAAUAAUGCUUUGCGAACAGGUCAAUCUCACAGUGUCUUCACAACAACCUUUGGGUGCAUGAGGACAUAAAACAGAAUGAAAAUCUGUUUAACCAUGGUAUUUCUUUUGGGAAUGGUAGUAAAGAUAUGGUAAAGCUUUAAUACAGAGCCAAAAUACAGAGAUGAGGGUAUAGUCACUAGAUCCUGUCCCUAUGUAGUUUAAAGGAAAUGUUGUUCAGUAGAAUAAAGAGAUGAACAGGAUUUUAAAUUGAGGAUUUUAAGAUAAAAAUUCCACCAACUGUGGUGCUAGAAAUUCGUCUUUUAUUAUGUAUAUUUUGUAUUAUGCCUUUAUACAAAUAACAGGGAAAUCAAUUACAUUUUUAUGUGACAAUGAACUGUGACUCUGCUAAACCAAUAGAUGUAACCAGCCCAAAAACCACCUCUGCCUGGAGUAGGAGGAUGGCUUUCCACUAAAACCACACAAGAGAAAUGCAGGGAGCAGAGUAAGCUAACAGUGUAUGCUAGCAGCACGACUGAUGCUAUAUCAGUUGGUCUGUAUGUGAACUGUCGUUUAGAACUAAUGAAACAAGAAGACAUUAUGGUCUAGCUAAGAAGCUCAGUCUAACAUGUUCUAAAUGGUCACUGUACAGAAAACAAACCCUUUUGAUUUAGGUAACAAAAUGGCAUGCCUUCUGGCACCACUCGCAGGAAAAAACACAAAAGACUAGUUAGUGAUUUUGAGAAACUUAUUUUAUUUCUUAACGAGAGUUAGACAAUAUAUCACACUUUAGGAGAAUUGUGAUGCUAUAGCCAGCAGCCAGUUAGCUUAGCUUAGCAUAAAGACUGGAAUCGAGAGGGGGGGCAGAGUAAACAAAAAAGAUUUAAUGUGUUGACUAGCGAACUUUAGGUUUACAUUUUGAUAAAGUAAGGUUAACUGUUUCCCGGUUUUUAGUCUUUAUGCUAAGCUAAGCUAACUCCCUUCUAUAACGGACGAAUAAGAGUGAUAUUGAUCUUCUCAUUAACUCUCCAGAAGAAAGCAAAUAAUUGUAAUUCCUGACAUUUUGAACUAUUCUUUUUAUUCAUCACCAGGAUUAAUUUUUAUGAAUGCCAAAGCUGUGAUGCACAGAUUGUGAGUGUUUGUUUAUCAAAUGUACUAUGAUAGAAUAUGUAAGCUCUGCUGUAACUGAUGCCUCACUGAAGUGACAUAUAGUACGUGAAGUGUUUAAUUGUGCCUUAUAAUAUGCUAGUCUCAUGGGCAUUUCAUGUACUAUUUGCAUAAAAAAUUGUGUUUAAGGAAACAUAACAAACCAAAAAAAUGAACUCCACAUAUUUCCCUCAGAUCAUCUACAAACUGGCAGCCAUGUGAUUUUGAUCACUAGUUGCCAAAGCAAAAAUACAAAAAGAAGCUUGUGUAUAUUUUUGUGAAUAAAGGUUGGAUAACUUAA